AUGUCUUCCUCCUCCACGUCGUCGCAGGGCGUCGUCGAGCGCGUUCAGUCCUUCGUCUCCGAAAACAGGCGAGCGGUUCUCAUCGGUACUGCCGCCGCGCUCGUCGCCAUCGGCGGCGUUGCGUACUAUGCGUCCACGUCACGCAGGCCAGGCGCGGGCGGGGAUGCGGAGACGGGCGACCGCAAGAAGGAUAAGAAGAAGAGCAAGAAGCGCAAGACGGUGAAGGACAAGGACGGGCCCAUCCUUGAGGAGCGUACGCCGGUGUCCGAGGAAGGUCAUGACGGUGCGAUAGAGGAUGUCAGACUAUCGGCUGAGGACAUAGCUCGUAUGCCCACCGAGGAGCGGUCCAAGGUCGCAGCAUCGAUGAAGGCGAGGGGUAACGCCGCGUACUCGAGCCGCCAGUUCAGUACCGCCAUUGACCUGUACACACGAGCCAUCGACGUCACGCCCAAGCCCGAACCUGUGUUCUACAGCAACCGUGCAGCAUGUUACAUCAACAUGAGCCCUCCAGAGUACGAGAAGGUCGUCGUGGACUGUGACGAAGCCCUCAAGCUCGAUGCAAGCUACGUCAAGGCCCUCAACCGGCGAGCAACCGCUCUGGAGGCGCUGGACCGGGAUGAGGAGGCAUUGCGGGAUUACACCGCGGCGACAAUCCUCAAAAAGUUCCAAAACGAGGCAGCAGCACAGUCUGUCGAGCGUGUACUAAAGAAGCUCUCGGGCAACAAAGCGCAAGAGAUCCUCGCAGGUCGUGAACGGCGUCUUCCUUCACAUACCUUCGUAUCUGCGUACUUCGGAGCCUUCCGUCCCCGCCAACCACCCACACUCCCGGAGUCCCCUACGCAAGGCGACCAAACCCUCCUGCUGUCCUUCCAAGCGCUCGCCGCCGGCGACUACACGCACUCGCUCAGCCUCAUCAACGAGGCCAUCGAGCAGGGCAUCUCAUUCAACGAGGGCAAGGCGGAGGCGCUGAACCUGCGCGGCACCUUCAAGUUCCUGAUGACCGACGUCACUGGGGCGAAAGACGACUUCCUCGCAUCGAUCGACCUGCACCCCUCACUGACGCAGACGUGGGUGAAGAUUGCCAGCGUCUAUAUGGAGCAGGGCGAUCCCAAGAAGGCAUUUGAUUGCUUCGAGGAGGCGAUCAAGCACAAUGCGGACGAUCCAGACAUCUACUACCACCGCGGGCAAGGCAAGUUCCCUGAUAGGAAUAACAUGCUGUUCAUCAUGAACGAGUUCGAGGAGGCGGCCCAGAACUACACCAAGUCAACGCAGCUGGAUGACCAGUUUGUAUUCAGCCAUAUACAACUCGCUGUGGCACAGUACAAAGCGAACAACCUCGCGAACAGUAUGGCUACCUUCAGGCGGACGCUCAAGGCGUUCCCGCACCGCAGCGAACCGCACAACUAUUACGGAGAAUUGCUACUUGAUCAGCAACGGUUCCAAGAAGCAGUUGACAAGUUUAACCGUGCGAUUGAAAUCGAGAAUGAGCGCCCGAAGCCGCCACCGAUCAACGUCCUGCCCCAUGUAAACAAGGGUCUUGCGAUGUACCAGUGGAAGCAAGAUGUUGGUGCGGCAGAGCGAUGCUGCCAAGAGGCAUUGCGAAUCGACGCGGAGUGCGAGGCUGCUGUGGCGACUCUGGCACAGUUGAGCUUGCAGCAGGGUAAGAUCGACAUCGCGAUGGGGAUGUUCGAGCGUCAGGCCGACCUUGCGAGAAGCGAGCCCGAGCUCAUGAACGCGCUGACGUACCAGUUUGCGACGAAGGCGCAGGUAGAGUUCAUGACGAACUAUCCGGAGAUGGCUGUGCAGCUGAACCAGAUCGCGCGGAGCAUGUCCGAGCCCACUUUCAAAUUCCCGCCAGACGCGCCACCGCCCGAGGGCUCUGCCGCCGAGCAAGAGUCUGCGCGGACACCCUCGCGGCGGUCGGUCGCCUUCUACCCCAACAUGAACUCCGCGAACAAGCCCCAGAAGCCGUUCAGCCGCAGCGCAGCGAAGCGGGAGAGCGUGAUGGCACUGGGGAGCAUCGAGCACCUACAGCACUACUUCACAAAGUCGGGCAUCGCGGCGGAAAGCAAUCCUCUCAACAAGCCAAAUAGCGGGAUGGUGCCCGCCAUCGGCGGCCCGUCUACCCUCCAUCUCCGCCCCUUCUCCCAGCAAGUCCGCGACUUCGAGCUCCCGCCAUCCCCGGUUGUCCCACAGAUCAUCCAGCCCUCCUUCCCACCGUACGUAAAGACAUUCGAGACUGACUCUGAAAGUCUGCGCCCGGGUGUCAUCGAGGACCUGAGCGCGGUCGCGGCGGGGUGGCAACUGGACGGGGACAUACACCCACCAGGCCAAGAUCCCAAUCUCCUGGGCGCAGGCGGAAAGUCCGGAGAACACCUUGACGUUCUCGAUCUACUCAAGACCACCACACGUGCAGUACGGUCCGUCCGAAACUACCUCGUAUCGCAACCAGACGACUCCGCCACCCCGAUGCUUCAAACGUACUUCCGCCCACAGAGCCUACCUAGCGCGCCUCCACCCCGCAGGCGCGUCUCACAGCCUGAUGCAGCCUCGGACCAAGUGACGCGGGUCCGGCGCGGCGCGCUCGAGGUGCUCGCAGCCCUGAGGGACCUCGAGGAAUCCGCGCGUCUCCCGCUCGAGCACGACGCGUACGACGCGCAGAGCGACCACGGCUCGACGUCCUCGCCCGAGCAGAGCGACCUCAGCACGCGCGCGACGUCCCCGGACUUCUUCGACAACGACGGUGAUACGUCCGUGUCUAUCUCGUUCAUCGAAGUCGGCGGAAGCAGGAAGCCGGUACCGGUCUGGGAGGACGACGAGCCGACGCACGACAUGAGCGACGAGGAGCGCGAGAAGCGCGAGAAGCGCGACCGAUGGGAUGAGCGGCUCGUCGUCGGGGGCGGCUGGCUCUACCGCCAGGACAUGCGCCUCGCGGACAUGGCCCGGGAGCGCGAGGUCGUAGGGAGGUACCUCGAUGCUGUCGAUCAAGUGCUCUUCGGCGGCGUGCAGGGCGGGAAGCGCGGGUGGACAAGAGAGCGAGAGCGCGCGGAGCGGAAGCAGAGGGAAGGCCGCCGGGCAAGCUCCGUAGAAGGCCUCUUGGGCGGACACGCGGCGUCCAGGCGAGCAUCGCGCCGUGUCGUAUCCACGGGAAUGCUGGACACGAUGCGAAACAUUGUUGUCACCGAGGAGCCGGAGGAGAUGGAGACUCUGACUGAGGAGGAUGCGAUAGAGGAUGACGAUCUACCGGACUGGGCGAAGCGGUCAACGUUCGUUGACGACCCUCUCGGUCGCCUCCAUGCACUCCUAGUGGCCCUGCUACCUGCAAAUCUCUUGCCACAGCUCCCGCACCCACCGCCGGAUCGCUCCGCGCUCCUGCAAGUCCUCUCAUCUGGCCAGCUGCUGUGCGUCGCGUACAACGUUGGCGUACGCAAGUCGCGGAAACCCUGGGGCUUCGUCAGUAGGGAUGCCAUUCAUGACAUAAUCAUGCUUGAGGCUCAGUCUCCCGGCGGCGGCCAAGAAGGCGAGAAGAAUAAGCGAGGUUGGACGUUCCGGCGGACAGACAACCUCCGCCUUUGGGCAGCAGCCCUCAAGCUACGCUACCUUCUUCCGAUCACAUCGCCCGCGAAACCGAAUGCUGUGAAGACGCCAGGCACUGCAACGCCGUCUAAUGCGGGUACGCCAAUUCCUUCGCCAUCUCCGUCGCAGGUCAAGUUCCCAAACACUACCAAUGAGGAGCCGUUACUCUUUGACGCGCCGAUGGUCGCGCGUCAGGAGGGCGCGUGGGAGGAGAUGCUAGAGACGGCGGCGUUCAAAUGGAUGGAUGCUGUGGUCGAAGAACGAAGAGGGGAGAGAUGA